CCUCUCAACACCCUCCUAAACUUCUCUACAAGUUACUUUUCUCCUUCUCUUCUCCUCUUUCUCGUACAAAUAUGGAUUACAAACCCACACAAUCCCAACCCAUAAUACCUCGUCUCAUAAUUCAUGGCGGCGCAGGAAACAUCCUCCCCUCCAACCUGACCCCUGAGAAAUACAAACUCUACCACGACUCCCUCCUCCGAAUCCUCGCUGAAUCACAUCAUUUCCUCACUUCCAAAUCGUGUUUUCCCCUCUCCAAUUCCAACAGCACAUAUGAUUCAGAUAAAUCAGAUACAAGCUCGAACACAAAUACGAAAACAGUAUCCGCCCUUGACGCCGUAACAUUUGCCAUGUCCCUCCUAGAAGAUAACCCCCUCUUUAACUCCGGCCAUGGAGCGGUCUUCACACGCGAUGGAGUGAAUGAACUUGAAGCUUCGAUUAUGGUCUCGAAGGGGCUGAAAAAGAGGGGUGUGGGUGUGAUGGGAAUACAGCAUGUUAAAAAUCCUAUUAAGCUUGCGAGGGAGAUGCUGGUUAGAGGGGAGCAGGAUUUGGUGGGGGGCAAUGGGAGAGCUGUUUCUGGGGGCGCUCAGGGACAUAGUCAGUUGCAUCAGUAUAGUGCUGAGAAGUUGGCCAGAGAAUGGGGACUUGAGUGUGUUGAGCCGAGUUAUUAUUUUACGCAGGGGAGGUGGGAUGGUAUGUUUUUCUCUUGCAUGUUGUUUUGGGUUGGAGAGAUACUGAUUCUUGGUAGAACAUAUUAGAGGAUUGGAAAAGGAGAAAGCUGGUGGCGUUGCGACCUGGGACGAGGAACACUUUUUCCCUCAAGGAACUUGCGGUGCUGUUGCUUUGGAUGGUGAGGGGGUGUUGGCAGUUGCUACAAGUACCGGAGGCAUGACGAAUAAACUCACUGGUCGAAUUGGCGAUACACCUACGCUCGGAGCUGGUUUCUGGGCUGAAGAAUGGGAAGAGGAAUUCACGUCGAAGUCAAGAGUAGAAAGUAUGCUCUCUCAAUCCGGGCCAGCACUUAUAAUGAGCGAUGCCUUGACAGGAUUGAUAACCGAUUGUUUGCCCAAUCCAAUGGCAUAUUCUCCAUUACCGAAACAAGAUAUCGACCCUGAGUAUCUUUCAGUGGGGGAUCGCGUAUUUCGCUCCUCAGCAAUGUCAGGAACCGGAAAUGGCGAUUCUUUUCUUAGAAUUAAUGCUUGCCGAACAGCAUCAGCAAUAGCUCGCUAUACAGGCGCAAAAUCCAACCAAAAAACCUCACUCCAAGACGCAGUCACAGAAAUAGCUGGUCCUGGCGGCGAACUCGUAAAAAGCGCAGGCGAAAGAUGGCAGAAAACCGGUGAGGGUGAAGGUGGAAUCAUCGGUAUAGAACUCACGAUUAUCAUUGGCGCGAAUGGGGAGAAGAAAGUAGUAGACUCGCAGAUUGUGGAUGAUUUCAAUUGUGGUGGGAUGUUUCGUGCUGCAGUGGAUCCGGAUAAUGGGAAGGCUGUGAUGCGGGCUUGGAAGCCGGGUCAGCAUGAGGGGAUUGAGCGCUAUGAAGGGGAGGGGAGGGAGUAUGAUUUGAGGGAUUGGUUGGAUGAGAAGGUGUUGGAUUAG